CCUCCUCUUUCUCCUACUCCUUUUCCUGCUACGCAAAAAUUCGUCAGCCGCCGGCGUGCCGCCUUUCCCGCAAAGCUGCGAGAACAGUCUGGCAACGCAUUCUUCCGUUCACGCGCUCUGGUGCAUGGCACGAGCUAGUAGUCGCGACCCGUUCCCCAGGACCAGCUUUUCCUCCUGAGUUGUUUUGUUUGAUGGCCUUGGGGGCCUUGCCAGGGCCCCCGAGGGCGGACACGGCGAGAAAGAAUGCGCCAGGAGUUUUCUUUUGUUGUUUCCGUGGCCACUGGCCCAAGCUGCUCAGGCCGUGUUCGCGACCCGUCGCAAGCAUUGUGAGCGAUCCGAGCGUGCGCGCAGUGAGCCGUCGCCCCCGGCCCCCCCAGCCAUGACGAAGGCCGCCCUCCUGCUGCUGGCCACCGCCCCGCUCCUGAGCGUGGGCGCUUCGGCGCCGCACAGGCGCUUCGCCUGGGGGAGGAAGGUCCAGCGGCGGCUGUCGGGCGACGACGGCCCCCCCAUCACGGACGAGUGCUUGGUCGCGUGCCCAGGACUCUCAGAUAUGGUGGCCGCCCAGGGCGCGUUUGAAGAGCCGACGCCACUGGACUGGACGAACCUCUAUUGCGACCACGAGAGUGCAGUUCAGUGCUUCGUAGACGAGCUGGCCACGUGCAGCAGCUCCGAAGUAGCAGACGACUUUGUCAUGAUGGCCUCCAUGCUGAAGUGCAUCUGUGACACGUGCCCUGGCGGCAAGACUGCGUGGGCCAAUCUUUUGGCGGCCGGUGACGACGACAGCGACUCGAGUGGCAGCGGGAUGGUGGGCACAACCACUUUGGCGGACGGCACUGACACCACCGGGGCCAGCGAUGACACAGAUUCAAUGUGCCUCGUGUACCCUUUCGUCAGCUGCGCCGAAGACUACGAGACGGACUGCGGCGCCAUUCUUGAGAAUAUGAACAUCAGUAUCUCAGGGGACGUGGCCACCCAACUCGAGUCGGCGUGCGCUGGCGACGAUGACGACUUGCCGGACAUGGUCGGAAGUUGUGGCCCGUUCGGCCUGGGAUGGAUCGCCGCGUCGCUGGCCCCAGUGAUGGCGGCGCUGGAGUUCGCGGCGGCCUGAUGCUGCCUCCCCAGACCCCCUCGCGUCGUGAACAAGUCCUUCCCUUCCCCCCCCCCCCUCCGCUGUCGUUUCUAUAGGGGUGUAGCGCUGGGCCGUUUCGGGCGGCGUGGCAGCAGGAAGUUCUUUUCUUUUCCUCCUGCACCGCCGACCGCUGGCCAGGCUCCGCACUUUGCCAAUGCAGCCGCUCGGACCGAGGAGGGGUUCGGUGACCGAGCCCCUCACUGUGGGGAGGAGGGAGGAAGCAGGA